AUUCCUUGGAUGCUUCCUUGAAGUGCCAACAUUCUUUUGAGGAAUCUGGCCGUUACCGUGUCACUUUAACGCAAGACCCUGUAAUAUGCGGGGAUCGUAUAGUUGUUUGCUAUCACACGAUGUUGGAUCCACCAGGAAUAGUGAGGCCCAACCUGUUUAUACAAGUGAUAGAUUGGAGGAAAGGGCGUGCGAAGAGUAUGUUGCGGGUUUCCAUCUAGUCGACGAACAGAAGUUUAUUGUCAUCGACACCCAGGGCAUCAUAACUUUGUACACAUUAGAAGAACAUGGAUCACCUCUGCGCCGAGUCAUGUAUCACCUUCAGGAAUCCGUGCGUGCGCCGUACUACCUAUUUCAUGCCACCCCAUCGUUCCAUGGUGCAACGGCUUGUCCAGAUCUUGAGCCCGCCUACGUGCCCUCUCCGGAGUCGCAAAUAAUUGUUUUGGAGACUCUCACAAACGCAUGCCCCGUUAUUCUGGUUAUCGAUAUGGUCAUCUUCUCAGGAAAAGUCUUGCACUCAGAGACGCCUGUCGAAGUUCCCUGGUCGGAGUGGGGACCCCAGUAUACGUGCUGCUUUCGGCAUCAUCCAAGCUGUCGAAUCAGCGUGUUUGGCAGCAAAAUAGCCUAUGCUCUUCCUCGCUGUGCCCAGCCUUGGGAACUCAACUAUAAAGUCGGAAUAAGGCAAGCGCUCGACGAUCAUAAUCGUUUCUAUGUAUACAUCUUGGACUUCAAUCAACGAGCCAUCGCUCGUUCAAAAAAUAUUUACGACCCCGACUUACCCACCCACUUUCUAUGCAAGCCUUUUGACCAUUUCGAUGUACGCUCCAUCUCGACUCGUCCUUACAUUGUUACCGUCUGCCGUGCUCGAUUUUCGCCCAUCUGCUUGUCCGGUUUAUUCUUGGAACACGAUCGACUUACUCUGACAUGGUUGCGGAAUGGCACGGUUCAUAUUCAGGUCGUUUCUUCUACAGGUGGAGCUCGAUUCGGAUCUUGUGCACUAGGAUAUAUAUCAGCAGUCGAGGGUGGCGGGGGUUAUGAUGAAUGUCGUUGUCGUUUUCUUCCAACCUAACUAUACUUUACCUCGACAGCCUUGUGUACUUCAUUUAUUCCCGCGGUUCGUGUUUGGGGUAGUGUGGAUAGAAGUGUGUGGGAAUGUUCAAAUAAUACUUUUCAAUCCCUCGAUUCAGUGCCUCCUCGAAUGAAUGC